AACCAAUUCAAUCACCAGAUAGAUACAUACAUAUGCCUACAUGCUUGGUUUGUUUGUCAGUCUGAGAUAAAGAGUCAGACAGGGAGGGUGUCCGGUUUAACUCAUUGUUUUUACUUACUAUCAGUGCAAUGACUCGACAAAUUUAUGUAUUAUUCUUUGUUUGUCUACUCAAGACUUCUUUUCAAAAGUCCACCCCCGCCGACGACAGCUAUGUGGCCGCCGUCAUCGAGUACCGGCACGUGGCCAACACCACCGUCAACCUGCAGAAUUACCUGCAGCACAUCGGGGAAGCCGCCAGCCAGUCUGCAGACAUAGUCGUCUUUCCUGAAAUGACCUUACAAAAUGGGAGAUCACCAGUAACAGUUCCAAUUUAUGGAGCAUUGAAGGAGUUCCCCAUUCCUGCACUACGCCCUGCGCUGUACGAUGAUAUCCUAGUCCAGCUGUCGGCCGCGGCGGCUGAGCACCAAGUCUACCUCGUGGUGAAUGUGAUCGAGCUGCUGAACUGCUCCACCAACCCCACAGGCGAGGCCUGCCCUGAGCGCCAGAAGUACCAGUUCAACACCAACGUGGUGUUCGACAGGAGCGGAGCCGUCAUUAGCAGAUACCGCAAAAUCAACCUAUUCGGCGAGGCCAGCAGGACGCCAGCCCUGAACCCAGACCUGGGCGUGUUCAGCACAGACUUCGGGGUCACCUUCGGGCACUUCAUCUGCUUCGACCUCAUGUUCCAGGUGCCGGCGGUCCAGGUCGUGCAGAAGAAUAAUAUUACGGACGUGGUGUUUACCACUAUGUGGUUCUCGGAACUGCCGUUCUUGACUGCUGUCCAGAUCCAAGAAGCGUAUGCGUAUGCCAUGAACGUGAACUUGCUGGCGUCUGGUGCCAACAACGUGCGCGUGGGCAGCGCAGGUUCUGGAAUAUACUCCGGCAAGGCUGGUGCCCUGGUGAGCACAAUGCCUGGGAUGCCGGCUACUCGGCUCAUGGUGUCCAGGGUGCCCAAGGUCCCUGGCAAGGUGACCUGGCCCACUCCUGGACCUAUUGUGGACCCCCCGUCCGACGCUGACGCCCUGAGGCUGAAGCAGGACCCGUCCAUCGCGUCGCAUGCCUCCAGACUGCUGACACCAGGCUUCCAGGAGUUUGAGCUGUCUCAGAACGACGUGACUUGCAAGUUUAAGGUCAACCUCACACGCAGAGGUGGCGACAAGUGGUACGAGUACCGCGCGACAGCGUUCGACGGGGUCCGCACGUUCGACGGCGUGGCCAGCGGCGGCGCGCGGCUCUGCUCCGUCAUGGCCUGCACCAGCGCCAACCUCACCAGCUGCGCCACACGAUUCGAAACCUACGCAGCAAAAACCACGGCGAUAUUCGAGGAGCUCAGCAUCACAGCCACCGUGCCGACACCACAGACCAACAUGACCCUAUCAUCCGCCGACGCAGCCUUCUACCCUGUAUCUGUGGACGUCUCCACCCUGCCCCUGAAGAUCACAGAAUACGCGUACACAGAAACAGUUCAAGGAGGCAAGACUACUUACACCAUGAGGUUGCUGAGUAAAGAGGUGGAGCUGUAUGGGUUUGGUGUUUGGGGCCGAAGGUUCGCCGCUGAUGGGCAGGACCCCACGCCCCCGCUGCCUGGUGCGGCGAGCAUACAUUUCCUAAAUGUCUUCCUAUUGGUCUCUGUGUUCCUGGUAUCUUGGAUGUAGAUUUUGUAGCUACCCAAGGAAAUGGAAGUUCUCCAUCUAGGUAGAUGAGAGAAGUUGUGUUUUUGUAUUGUUAUCGUCUAGUCCACUUUUUUAUGUUUUCAAUAAAUAUUUCGUCAGUAUUGUCAA